AAAAAAUCUUAUUUUUAGUGAAUCUUUUAAUUAAAAUAUUUUUUUGGUUUGUUAAAACAGAGUCACGGUUACGAAAUUGAGUUUUUUUUUUAAUUUUUAAAAUGAAGUAUUAUUUAAUUAAUUGUGUAAUAUUAUUAUUUUUUAUUACGCAGAAUGUUUUUACUCUGCCAACUUUCGAUGAUGCAGGAGAUGAAUUAAUUCAGUAUGAUACUCGUAUGAAACGUGACACAGACUAUGACUCUGGCUCAAGCGAAGAAAAAGGCAAUAAGAAAAACUCUGAUAAUGGCUCGUCGUCAAGUAGUGAAGAACCAGAGAAAAAAGAAUCCACUUAUGAAAAACAAAAGAAAGAUAUAGAAGCUCUCGAACAAAAAAUUAAAGAAGCCCGUGAAAAGUUAGCACAAAAAAAUAAAAUUUCAGCAACUGGCAAAACAAAUUCAGAUGUUUUUGUAUUUACGCCACCCGGUUUUACAACAACUGAAGCACCCACAAAACAAUCAUUAUUUGAAAAACAAAAACAAGCUAUGGAAAAAUUGAGUCAAGCUUUAAAAGAUGCAAUGAAACAGUACGAAGAAAAUUUGAAAAAAGAAAAAGAAAAUAAAGAAAAAGAUACAGCAACUUUGGGUAGUACUUCAAAUGUUCAAAAACGUUCAAUAGUUAAUCUUUACGAUUUACGUAAUCAGCUUGUGGAACGUAUGGAAGAAAUCCGUGCUAAAAGAGCAGUUAAUCGUGAAAAACGUGCAAGUGUACGCAGUUUAAGUGGAUCAAAAAGCGAUCAAGAACUUUUACAAUUAUUGAAUGAUAUCCAAACAUUAUCUGAACGUGUUCGUUCCGUUCGAUCAAGGAUUGAAGAAAAUCGAAAAUAAAUACAGAAAGAC